AUGUCUGAAAACUACGAGAUUUACCGUUAUUCACCCCUUGAGAUGAUGAAUUCGGAAUCCACCAUCGAAGAAGGGAAAGACGGGUCUUCCUCUCCGGAGAGGCUGAACUAUCUGGGUGACCAGACCCUGAGGCUCACGUUCCCUCGGCUCAUUGUUUCGUAUAUUUGUCUCUGCUCUUGUUACUUCAUAACCUAUCUUGACAUGAACUCAACAACGACAGCUCUGCCUACAAUUUCCAAUGCACUAUCUGCGGGAACAACAAUCACUUGGGCGGGAACUGCCUUCCUUCUUGGGCAAACAACAUUCCAACCUCUUUAUGGUCGCGUUUCCGAUAUUUCUGGGCGUAAGCCUGUGUUGAUGAUCUCGGUCGCGUGUAUCAUGGUUGGCGACUUUCUCUCGGGGUGGGCAAAAGGUCCGAUCUGGUUAUAUCUGACGCGCACAUUGAGUGGAAUUGGUGCUGGAGGUAUAAGCUCACUGGUUUCGAUUAUUGUAAGCGACAUAGUGAGUUUGAAAAAUAGAGGAAAAUACCAGGGAUUCGUGAGCAUCGCUAUUGGAGCCGGGGCUGUCAGUGGUCCAUUUAUCGCGGCCAGCUUGAUACAAAAGAGCUCCGAUGGUUGGCGCUGGACUUUCUGGGUCCCAUCUAUCCUAGCCUUGAUAUGCAUGUUGUUCCUAUUGCUCUUCUUGCCAUUGAAGCAAGUUUCAGGGAGUUGGAAUAUCAAAAUCAGACAAAUUGAUUGGGCAGGGGUUAUCUUGUCCACGACAGGAAUUAUUUUUCUACUGAUCCCUAUAAGCUCUGGUGGCAAUACUUGGCCAUGGAACAGCGGCUUCAUAAUUAGCCUACUGAUUCUCGGAUGUAUUUUGAUCGGCAUAUUCGUUCUAGUCGAGGGGCUUUUUGCUAAGCUUCCCAUCAUGCCUUUGACUCUCUUCAGACAAAGAUCUCUUACCAUAAUGUUGAUAUCGGGUGCCCUCCAUGACUAUGUCUGGCAAUCAACCCAGUACUUCAUGCCUCUCUUCUUUCAGGAAGUUCGAGGUUUUUCACCCUUCGGAAGUGCCAUGUUAACUUUGCCCUAUGUUCUUGCUCAAAGUAUCGCAGGCGCAAUAUCUGGGCCCGUGAUGAGUCGCUUUGCUAGGUUCGCCAAGAGCCUAUUCACACCAGUCCUACGCAUCGGCCUUUUUCUAUGGUCUGUUGGUGCAGGUCUUCGCCUCUUAUUCAAACGAGAUACUUGUAUAUUUGUAUAUACGGUGGUCCUUGCUAUUGAAGGUGCAGGUGUCGGAUUUACUCAUCAACCGGGUAAGAAUGGCACAAAAUGA